AUGUGGCUCUUCCGGGAUUCUCAGGCAGGUGAGACGCAGGCUGCCCAUACGGAAGAGUUGCGCGUGUCGGCGGACUGGGAGAUGUGUGUCUGCGCAGGCGGACUGUUUACCUUUGACAACCCCUGCGCCCGAGACCACAUCCGGUCGCCUUGGCACUGUUUUGCUAUUGGAGUAAGGUGAGUGACCUGAAUGCGGAAGGUGCAAGUUCGCCUCACUAUCAACUAAUUCAUCACGCGAAAGUUACCAAUGAUUAACCUGCUCGUGGAGCCCACGUUGGACUGGCUUCAUAGGGUGAUUGGCCCCCACGUGGGAUGUCGAAAGUGUUCGUAAAGAAGACUUGAAUAACUAGCGAAAGCGAAUAGGCACGAUUGCUCCACCCUCCGCAACCGUAUAGUGAUUAGGAAUAUGCCUUUCAAAUACAAUCUGCACCACGGCCUUGAUUUUCAAAUCUCUCACAAUGCCAAGGUUACUAGUCUGGGCAAGCCUGACAACCGUCCUAAUUCGACCGUAAUCUUCUACAUAAAAACGGCCUCCAACACUAUGGUCACACCGCAAGAGCUGUAAAGUUGGGAUCAAACAAUACAGGUGUCACGCUGGAUUUCUUAGCGACCAGUUUCUUGCGUAUAAAAGGACGUUCUAGCUUAGUAACUCGGCUUGACCAGCAUAUAAAUUUGACCUGGAUUGUUAAAUGCCUCAUUCUGGUAUACUAGUAAAUGCCUAUGAUGCCUGACAAUUUAAUACUCAGCUGGACAUGAUCUGGAAAAUGUACGUUGCGCGAUGAAGUAUGGUUGUGCCGGUACAAUGAGCGGCCCCGCGACUCGAAAUCCGACGUGCAGCUAUUCUUUCCUUUCGAAGGGGCCGACUUGCAUGCUCAGACAAAGGUCAAAAUGUGAUGAUCCUCAUGGGUGUUCUACACGUGUGUAGGAAUUUCAACAUCAUCAGUGGGACCUGUCAAUGAAAGUCCAAGCCGAAACUACGGUCCAUGCUGGCUAUGUCACGCUGCCGUCAUUUGACGGCGGCAUUGUAUGGGAUGCCAAUAGAAGCGAAGAGACGAGCCCCAGGAAGAAGUCUUGGAAAGGUAGACAUGAUCGCUGGGACAAGAACUUUAUUAGCCUGACGUUUCGGAUUCCUGAUCGAACCCAUCAUCAGAGACAACAGCAGAUACGGAAGGUUCAUGCAAAAGGGGCUGUAGUAUUUAUAGGAUGCAAUCGCCAUGCUACCGCAUACCUAUGAACAUUCACGGCUCCCCCCUUCAUUAGGGAUCGUCGCACUUGGUGUGCUUAUUGUUUGAUGGCCGUCCUUCGAGUCGUUAAUUGCGGCAAUUUCAUCACGUGCGUUGGAUGUUUGUGUGACGAUUGCUGGACUAUCUGACGCACCGACCCUAGUGUUGGGAAGAGUGCUCACCUGUUAAGAUGUUCGUUGAAUGUCAGCACCUGAUCCCGUUCGAUGACGCGAAGUUAUCAUCCACAUACGGGGCCCAAAACUUCGGUCUGAGGCAUCUUUUGAUGUUACAUCCAUUUUACUUCCAUUCCCCAGGACCUGGCAAUCGAGACAAUAGAGCUGCUACUACAAAACAAAUACGAUGAAACGGAGAAUCGUCUUGGACGCACCCAUAUCCUUCAGCUCCAGAAGCUCUGUCUCAGGACGUACUUCACGUUCGAUGCGACAAUCUAUGAACAGGUGAAGGGCACACCAAUGGGUUCGCCGAUUUCGGGUUUAAUCGCCGAGGCGGUCCUGCAACGGUUAGAGUCUUUGGUCUACCAACACCACAGACCGAAGCUCUGGGCCACGUAUGUGGAUGAUACCUUAGUCGCCAUUGAACGGGAUCAGGUGCUGACAUUCAAAGAACAUCUUAACGCCGUCUUCCCGGACAUUCAACUUGCGAUGGUGGAGGAAGAGAACAACCAGCUGGCCUUCCUGGAUGUCCUCGUAUGCCGCAAAGAUUGUGGUGGACUAAAGACCAAAGUGUUCUGGAAAGCGACAAAUACGAUGCAAUUAGUGAACUUCAACAGCAACCACCCAAUCAGCCUUAAACGCAGUUGUGUAAGGACGCUCUAUCGGCGUGUCGAAACGCACUGCAGUGAGCCGGAAGACAAGAUUGCCGAACUAAAAUACCCCGACGGGUCUUCAAAGCCAACGGCUGCACGCACAACUUUGUCAACCGGUGCAUACGCAAAAGGGACGACAGGCCUAACCGCGCGGAUACCAAAUCUUGGCGGGCGCUUCCGUAUGUUAAGAACGUUUCGGAAGCUGUCGGCCGCCUUCUCGCACCACUUGGGGUUGGAGUGGCACACAGACCGGAGGCAACCAUCAGGCGUCAGUUCAUGA